UUUCAACAAUUCGAUCGGUUAAACGAACAAGAUUAGGGUUAUUUCAAUUGAUCCCGAAUUUUCCUGCAGGCGAUCUGCGUGUAGUGCCGCUGGUCCUGAUUAGACUGCUUCACUCAGAACCGAAUGUGUUUUCGGGAGGGAAACUUCACAGCUUUGGUACCGAGUCAAACACGGUUCGAGUGAGCGGGCCCAGAAGACGAAUAACACUGGGAUUCACAAGGAUCAGUGGUCAUGUCUGGCAUUGCUCUGAGUCGACUUGCACAAGAGCGCAAAGCAUGGAGGAAAGACCAUCCAUUCGGCUUUGUUGCUGUGCCGACGAAAAACCCCGAUGGCACCAUGAAUCUCAUGAACUGGGAAUGUGCUAUUCCAGGAAAGAAGGGGACUCCAUGGGAAGGAGGGCUGUUUAAGUUAAGGAUGCUGUUUAAAGAUGACUACCCCUCAUCACCCCCAAAGUGUAAAUUUGAGCCUCCGCUCUUCCACCCGAAUGUGUAUCCGUCAGGAACAGUGUGUCUUUCCAUCCUGGAGGAGGAUAAAGACUGGAGACCUGCCAUCACCAUUAAACAGAUCCUGUUAGGGAUUCAGGAGCUGCUAAAUGAACCGAACAUACAGGAUCCAGCUCAGGCAGAGGCGUACACUAUAUACUGUCAGAAUAGAGUGGAGUACGAGAAGAGAGUUCGUGCACAGGCCAAAAAAUUCUCCCCGUCGUAAGCGAGACAGAGACGAAUGGAAAGAGGGAUUAUGUGAAUACUCGUGCUAUCCUCUCACCGGGACUAAAAGGACUUAAAAUAUGAUGUCUGUGCCAUCAACCCCAAACCCUUCCCCUGCACCACAAAAUGUACCUCCCUUUUUUCCCUUUUAAUUUCAUUUGCUCUCCGUUUCCCUUAGAACGCAGUCACCAAUUCAGUAUCCACAGGUUUUGUUGCGUUUCAAACCAGCUUGUAAGAAAUCACAUCAACUUCAGUCUUGGAUCAGAAUGGACUGUUGGGAUUUUAGCUCCUGGUGUCUGUCUGUGUGCUUACUUGCACUCGUCAUUUUAUUAUGUUUGUAAAGCUUUGUUUCCUCUUGAAAAACAUGCGAGCGUGUGUGUGUGUGUGUGUGUGUGUGUGUGUGUGUGUUGCUCUGGUUUAGGUUGGUUUAUAGCGUCUUAUAUGUGGGAUAGUGCCUCAUGGUGACAUUUCCCCUCAGAAUGCUGAUCUAGGACCAGUUUCCUCUCCAUUGGGCCCGUUUGUACUUGAUCAGCCACGUGGUCUUAGAUCUGUCUAGGAUUGUGUCAUGCUGAUUCGUUGAAUAAAGUCCAGAGUUAUUGCUCCUGUGAGCAGCAGAACCAGAGUCCAAUUCUCUUAAACAUGCUGUACAUGGGUUCUUGUUUGUUUGAUGGGAACAUGUGUCCUGUGUUCACACUGAUUGUGUCUGUUUGUUUAAUAAAGCUCUUUCUACAUAA